AUGUCACAGGUCCAAUCAACAAGAUGGCUUCCAUCCUAUCUAAACUCUCUGUAUCACUGGCUUAAGUGGACGGAACCGACAUGGGGCUUCACAAUUUACCGCACAACCUACACCCCACGAUCUGAAGCUACUUUCCCCGCGAUAGUCGACUUGAUCACGGCAUACGUUAAUAAGGACUUGUAUAAGGAUCAUGAAACUCUGCUCAAGAAAAGUCGUAGUGCAAAUGAAGUCGAAAUAGCUAUCUUCGAUGAAAUGUGGGCUAAGUACGAGCCACGUGUUAUCGAAGAUGCUGCCCAAUUCGAUGGAGUAUCAAUUAAACAGGUCCGGUCUCACUUUGAAGCCUGGGCGAAUAAUCGUGAUAUGGCCGAUAGGUUUCCUAGUUACCGAAUGUUCAUCGUUAUCGACGAGGAGAGUCUUCAGUCCUUACACGACGCUCCAGUUCCCGAAGACAGUCCUCCUGGAUCGAAGGACCGGUUCAAUCACUAUAUAAAACUUGUUGAGGCAUGGCAAGAGCCAGAAUACCCAUUCAUAGGCUGGAUGAAAUGUUCUCUGAAGGGGCUUUGGGAUGUCUGGCGGAAUAUGCAGGAUGGGGAUUACAUGCGGAAAAGUUAUGCGCUCAUUUGUCAGUACCGUGACGUUUAUUGA